UGCAUGCUUUGGGAGCACGUGGCUCAUUAGGUCCUUCCAUAGUGAAGUGGAGCUUUGAAUUAACAGAGCGCGGCGCAUAGAUCAGAGGGCGACAGCUGUAGUAAACACCGGAGAUGCCGGUGGGUUGCAGAUACCACUAGCGGACCCAGCUUUGCCGGUAGCUUAACCGGCCGGGUUUGCCAAGACCACAGGCAAUGGCUUGUCGCCUUAUCAACCGCUGAGUUACGCUGCCGCAGUGCUCUCGUUGGAUGUAAACUCUACGCCGCUGCAGAGGCCUGCGUAGAAGAUGUUGAUGGAACGCGCAACCGAGAUCGCUCGGGAAUUUGACCUGCGUACCGAAGACGUUGGUCGCAUCACAGACAAACUUGCGCGAGAGCUGAGAGCCGGGCUCCGACGCAAUGGCGCAACGCAAAUUCCUUCUUUUGUCACAACCGUUCCCAAUGGACUCGAAAAGGGCAGCUACCUCGUCGUUGAUCUUGGGGGCACAAAUUGUAGGAUCUGUCUCGUGCAUCUGCAAGGGCACGGAAAGUAUACAAUGGAACAGAGGAAGCAUGCAAUCCCACGUGACAUUAGGGUGAACGCGAGCUGCAAACCCCUGUUCAACUUCAUCGCUGGGUUGCUCCGCGAAUUCCUUGCGGGGACAUCUUUUGCAGCUGCAGGAGAUCAAAGUGGCCUUAAACUCGGAUUCACGUUCAGCUUCACCUACAUUAGCCAUUCCUUAUCACGAGGUACUGUGGUUCAAUGGGACAAAGGCUGGGAUCUUCCAGACGCCCUGGGUAGAGAUCCAUGUCUACUUUUGCAAGAGGCUAUUGACGACAUCGACCUUGGUGUUCGUGUCACGGCCCUCACGAAUGAUAGUGUUGGAACGCUGAUGGCGAGAGCAUACACUUCACCGUGGCCGUCUGCCACUCUUCUAGGUGCUAUAUUUGGAACCGGCACGAACGCUGCGUAUGUUGAGCGGAAACGUAACAUUUGUAAACUGGAGGGCAUAUCGCAAACCCCAUAUGCAGACGAAGAUGGCAUCAUGGUCGUCAAUACAGAAUGGGGCGCUAUGUGCGACUGUUCCGACUCAGUCCUUCCCCGAUGUCUGUACGAUGACGUCCUUGAUAUCGCCAGCUCCAAUCCAAGGAGUCAGCUACUUGAAAAACAAAUCUCUGGUCUGUAUUUGGGAGAGCUCAUGCGCCUUGCUAUGAUGAGCCUUCUAGACGAGAAGCUGUUCGGCAUGAGCGUCACUGAUAGUUCGCCUAUCUAUCACCAAUACGCCAUCGAUACCUCAUUCCUCUCCCAAGUGCUCGCAAAUUCGACUCAACUUGCAAUUGGGGAGAUUUCCACCACGCUUCAAGCCCAGAACGUCACGGAUGACGAUCUCCGUGCCCUUCAAUGGGUUGCUAUUGCCAUUACCAAGCGGUCCGCGCGUCUCGCGGGCGCUGCAAUGGCAGCCAUCAUACUCCAAUCAGAGCGGCUAAGUCGUAGAGUAAGUGACGACUCGUCUACGAUCAAGAGCGCCGGGGCUUCCUGUAGCUCAAAAGAGGUCGCUGUGCCAUCGCCACCAAAGGACCGCACGUAUUCUAACGCUUACUCGCGAUUCAAGAGCUUUGUGCAUGCCAUAUUCUCCUGUUGGAGAGAACCUGAACUUGCUCAACCUGUCACGCCGAGAAAAGAAGCCGCCUCGCCACUAGCGGAAGGACCGGAUGAGAUGCAUUCAAUCAUUGACAUUGGUGUUGAUGGAUCCUUGUACGAAUACUGUCCAAAUUUUGAACAUUACUUGCGCGAAGCCUUGCGUGAGAUACCGGCGAUUGGAGAAAGAGGUGAGUCACGUAUAAGAUUGGGGUUAUCGAAAGAUGGAUCGGGCGUUGGUGCUGCACUGGUCACGCACGGAACAGCAUAGGCCUGUCCUAGAGAUUAGAUGCAGAUUCUACGUCGCCGCUUUAUCUUACAUGAAUCUAGAUAUAGGGCUACAGGAGUUGACUUUUCGCAGCCUUAAGUUAUUUUGUGAGAACCGGGGUCUGCAAGUUCAGACUCCGUUGGCAGUGUCGGAUGGAUCCUGCGAAUCAGGUUUGGCGAGACUUCGGAAAAUA